AUGAAAAAGAAAGCGAGAAAAGUGGCUGUAAUUAGUGUCUGUGCCUUUAGUUCCGAUCAUUCGCAAGAUAGGAUAGUAAAUCAAAUGGAAUUCAUACCUGAAAAUGUGAAACAGUUCAAAACAAAUGAAGAAAUGCCAAUGAAAACCAUACUUCUCUAUAAUGGUUUCGGUGGUUGGCAGGUAAAGCGUGGACAACAGACGUUUAUCGAACAAAAGUGUCCCGUAAACCGGUGCAUCUUAUCUUCAGAUAGACAGAAGGCAGCUGAUGCUGAUGCUGUAUUAUUUAGUCAAUCACCAUCUCGUCCACGAUUCAAUCGUCCAUUAAAUCAAAUAUGGGUGUUAUUCAUGCUAGAAUCACCGUAUCAUACCCCUGGUUUAAGUGCCUAUAAAAAUGUUUUUAAUUGGACAGCCACCUACAGACACGACUCAACUUUAGUAGCGCCUUAUGAACGAUUUCAACCUUUUAACGAAUCUGAGUUAACGAAGCCACAAAAUAAAAACUAUGCAGCUGGAAAGACAAAAACAGUUGCAUGGUUUGUGUCGAAUUGUGGUGCAAGAAAUGGUCGAAGACAAUACGCCGACAAACUGGCAGAACAUAUUAAAGUUGAUAUUUAUGGCGGCUGUGGACCGUUGAAAUGCCCUCGUCACCAAUCAGGAAAAUGUUUCGAUAUGUUGAACAAAGAUUAUAAAUUUUAUCUGGCGUUUGAAAAUUCAAACUGUCGAGACUACAUUACAGAGAAAUUCUUUGUCAACGGCUUACAGCAUGAUGUGAUACCGAUAGUCAUGGGAGGAUCUCCCGAAGAUUACAGAAGGGCAGCCCCUGUUCACAGUUAUAUUCACGUGGAUGAUUUUAACUCACCAAAAGAACUGGCCGAGUACCUCCAUAAACUUGAUACGAAUGAUAAACUAUAUAACGAAUAUUUUUUAUGGAAAGGAACUGGAUCGUUUAUCAAUACUUACUUUUGGUGUCGUAUGUGUGCUUUGAUCCACGAUGAGAAUCGCCCGCAAUCUGUGUUCGAGAAUAUCGAUAAAUGGUGGCGUGGGCCUGGAAUAUGUAUUGGACAAGAAACGUGGCGUAGUUAUUACAGUAAAAAUAAGAAAACGUCAUAG